CCAAGAAGCAAAAAUGACAACUUUAAAUCCUACAAAAACUUAAAUCCCGUUCCGUCUCCGUUUUGCCUUAAAUCCUGGAUUUAGUAAAUCCGAUUGUUGGGUGGAUUUAUGGGAUUUAGUCGAAGAAGCGCGCGAAAGGGGUGAAAGAUCGUUACUUUCGAGGCAAGCUCCUGUCGUAACUUCGGAUCCCAAAGAAACAACGUCGUCAAAACUAUACUUCACGUGAAGCAUGCGAUGUAGGAAUGAAGAAACGGAGAAGAGGAAACGCAAACCCUAGACAUAUGAAAUUAUGUUGGAGUUUCGAGCUGGUAAGAUGCUUCUCAAUGGAACACGUGUCAUUCCUGAUACUCGCAAAGGGCUUGUAAGAAUUGGAAGGGGUGAAGAAGGAUUAGUCCAUUUUCAAUGGCUUGAUCGGACACACAACACUGUUGAAGAUGAUCAGAUCAUCUUCCCAGAUGAAGCUGUAUUUGAGAAGGUGGCGCAAUCCUCUGAAAGAGUUUUCAUUUUGAAGUUUAGCUCUGAUAAUAGGAAGUUCUUCUUCUGGAUGCAGGAGCCAAAACCUGAUGGAGACAUGCAAAUAUGCAACUCAAUCAAUUCCUGUAUCAAUCGGCCUUUAGAUAUCAUUGGUGAAGACGAGGCUGAAGCUUCAGUUCCUAUGCACAUGUCAGAAAUUUCUGAAGAUACAGCUGAUGAUGAUAUCUCAUCAAGAGCUGGGAAUUUGGUUGACCAUAACAUGGCUGGGGAAUUGACUGGUGAAGUGACCUCAUCAGCUGGACCUGUAAAAUUGGCAGAUUUGCAAAGAAUAUUGAGAAAUAUCCAAACACCUGCUGAUACUAUUGAAGAUCCAGAUGCAGGUUUCGGUUUGGGAGAUAUUUUGAAGCCAGAUCUUCUUUUGCCAUUGAUUGAAUCAUUGCCAUUAGAACAAAGUUUAGCCUCAUACUUGCCUGAGGGUUCAUGGAGUCCUCAUGAACUAAUGGAUUUGCUGCAGAGUCCACCUUUCCGUCAGCAAGUAGAUUCAUUUAGUCAUGUUCUUCGGACUGGACAGAUAGAUUUGUCUCAAUUUGGAAUCAACCCAAGUAAAUACAACUUCACGGUGCUCUCUUUCCUGGAAGCUUUGGAGGACACUGUUACGAGAUCAUCAGAAUCUGGCGGAGAGCCAGAUUCAAGACAUGAUGAGAGCAAGGAUGCUCAUUCACAAAGGUGCACUGAGGGUGGCAAUGCGAUGGACGAAAGCUAAUGAAACAGAGCAGCCUGAUGGCCAUUGGAAAUUAACAUGUUGAUUCAUACGGUGCCAGUAUAGUUCUUCAUUCUGUUAUUCACCAAAGCUUACCCUUGGAAUAUGUUCAUCCGGAGCGUUGCUGGGCAAAUAUAGGUUGGGAUGAGGAACAAACUUUCUCAGUGGUGAUAUCUUUCACUUAUUGUUAUGCUCAUAUAUGUUGAUUAAUAAAACUUUAUUUAAUCGGCUCUUAUGCUUUGCUAUUUAUUGUUAUAGUGGUAAGAUAUUUUUCAUUCUGCUUCUAUGAACUUGGUGAAAAUUUAUCAGUUACAUGUUUUGUUUGUUCCAUUGAGGGAGAAGUUGAGGAUGCU